UUGCUUGAGAAACAAGAAAUGCACACACUUGAUUAAAGACAUUCAAAGGUGUGGAAAUCAUUUCAGGACUAAAGUCUCUCAGGAGACCGCAACAUUCAGGUGAGCAGAUGUGGCACUGUGACCAGCGGUCCAAAAAGUUGGACCAGUUGGACCGCUGCGCUCCGAUUGGCCAGAAAGUCUCGAAUGAUUCCGCUCAAAGUUCGUCCUAAUGAUGAUGCUAAAGCAAAGCGAAUGCAGCCCAUCAGGGAUGAUAUGAUGAUAUGAUCUCGAGCUGGAGAAACCGAGGCAGUCUAAAUACCCCUAGCGCACUACGGACAACUACUGACUGAAAGUGAAAACGAGCAACCGCAAGAAGAAAUAAGUGAAAACGGCGACGAGAGAGAAAAAAGUGCAGCUUCUUCCUGUUAAAGAACACAGAGACAAACAGCAGCAGAGGAUGGGAGGUGGAGGACAGCUGGCAGACACUCCGGAGGCUGGCAGCAGCAGAGAUGCAGGUGUGUUUACCUGGGAGGAGGUGCAGAAGCACAGCAGCAGGAAGGAUCAAUGGCUGGUGAUCAAUCGAAAGGUUUAUAACAUCACUCAGUGGACCAAAAGACACCCAGGAGGGUCAAGUGUCAUCAGCCUGUAUGCUGGAGAAGAUGCCACGGAGGCCUUCACAGCUUUUCAUCCUGAUCUAAAUUUUGUGCGAAAGUUUCUAAAGCCUCUUCUGAUCGGGGAGCUGGCAGCAGCAGAGCCCAGCCAGGAUCCAAACAAGAAUAUUGCAAUCAUAGAGGAUUUUGAAAGAUUACGAGUUCAGGCAGAGAAAGAUGGUUUGUUUAAGACAAAGCCUUUGUUCUUCUGCCUCCAUUUGGGUCACAUCCUCCUGCUGGAGAUCCUCGCGUGGACCCUUGUCUGGCUCUGGGGGACAGGUUGGACAGUGACAUUACUGUGUGCGGCAUUGCUGGCAACUUCACAGGCACAGGCUGGGUGGUUGCAGCAUGACUUUGGCCACCUUUCUGUCUUUAAGAAGUCUAAAUGGAAUCAUCUUGUGCACAAGUUUGUAAUUGGACAUUUAAAGGGAGCCUCAGCCAGCUGGUGGAAUCAUCUACAUUACCGACAUCAUUCCAAACCCAAUGUUCUGGAUAAAGAUCCUGAUGUCAAUAUGUCAGGUCUCUUCGUUUUAGGAGCCGUUCAGCCAGUGGAAUACGGCAUCAAAAAGAUCAAACACAUGCCCUACAAUCACCAACACCAGUACUUUUUUCUCUUGGGACCUCCAUUACUCAUUCCAGUGGUGUUCAAUCUUCAAAUACUGACGACCAUGAUUUCCCGUCGUGAUUGGGUGGAUUUGGCUUGGUACGUGUCAUUCUACCUGCGCUUUUUCUACUGUUAUAUCCCCUUUUAUGGUUUCCUCGGCUCAGUGGCACUCAUCACCUUUGUCAGGUUCCUGGAGAGUCACUGGUUUGUGUGGGUGACUCAGAUGAACCAUUUGCCAAUGGAGAUCGAUCACGAGAGGCGUCAGGAAUGGCUGACCACACAGCUCCAGGCUACUUGUAACAUUGAACAGUCCUUCUUCAACGACUGGUUCAGCGGACAUCUCAACUUCCAAAUUGAACACCAUUUGUUUCCCAGAAUGCCUCGUCACAGUUACCACCUGGUGGCUCCACAGGUGCGUGAACUCUGUAAGAAGCAUGGAGUUCCUUACCAAAUAAAAUCCUUAUGGAGGGCCAUGGCUGAUGUUGUCAGCUCGCUGAAGACCUCAGGGGAUCUCUGGCUGGACGCAUACCUCCAUAAAUGACAACCUUCAUCUUAAAGAAGUCCUGCUCGUUUUCCAUUGUAGCAAAAUUCAGCCAAUUAGGUUGUGUUUUUCUUAUGAAUAGUAGACUUACUCAAACGCAAUAAAGUGUGUUCUCAUGUGACAUGUUGAUCAACUCUGAUGUUUUGAAGAGCAAAUUUACUACUACUGAUUUGAGACAUCCAAGUAAUUAUACUGAUAAGUACCAUAGGAUGACUUAUUCAAUUAACUUCCAGGAUGUUUUUGUGUUAAACCUCUAACUUAUGCUACAAUUAUUGUUUUAUGUUCUAUCUAUACUCAAUAAAAAUUGUGUUGACCA